AUGAAUGUUGGCGUGGCACACAGCGAGGUGAACCCCAACACGCGGGUGAUGAACAGCCGGGGGAUCUGGCUGGCGUAUGCAAUCUCCGUGGGAGUCCUCCACAUCGUUCUCCUCAGCAUCCCGUUCUUCAGCAUUCCUGUGGUCUGGACGCUCACCAACGUCAUACACAACCUGGUCAUGUACUUGCUGCUGCACAUGGUAAAGGGGACCCCGUUCGAGACCCCAGACCAGGGCAAGGAUCGCCUCCUCACACACUGGGAGCAGAUAGACUACGGGACGCAGUGCACCUCAUCACGCAAGUUCCUCAGCAUCUCCCCGGUAGUGCUGUACCUCCUCACCAGCUUUUACACCAAAUAUGACCCCGCACACUUUGUCAUCAACACGGCCUCCCUGCUCAGCGUCCUUCUGCCCAAGCUGCCCCAGUUCCACGGUGUGCGCGUCUUUGGCAUCAACAAGUACUGA